GUGAACACAGACAUGGCUGCAUGCGUUUCUGCGUUAAGGUUCUGCAGCAGAACCUUCUCAUGCACCGCAGCUCGCUCCCAGCUCCACAGAGCACCGGGGUGCGGUGCUCUGAUGGGCAGAGUGGACCGGUUCGGUGGAGUGACAGUGGACCUGGCUGAUGGUAGUCUACCUGGGGACAUCAGUGAGAGAUCCUUCAGCAGAGUGCUGCAAGAUUCACUGGCCCAGUGGAAAGCCGAGGGGAAAGUUGCAGUGUGGCUUCGGGUGCCCAUCUCUCUGAGCCGAUGUGCCGCCGCCGCCUCCACCCACGGCUUCACCUUCCAUCACGCCAAACACGACCACGCUGUGCUGGCCCUCUGGCUGGGAGACGGGGAGAGCAGGCUGCCCGGGUUUGCAACUCACCAAAUUGGAGUGGCAGGUGCAGUUGUUGAUGAAUCGAAUGGAAAAGUUCUUGUUGUCCAAGACAGAAACAAGACAAAGAAUGCUUGGAAGUUCCCCGGCGGCUUGUCUGAUCCAGGAGAAAAUAUUGGUCACACUGCUGUCCGUGAAGUCUUUGAGGAGACCGGUGUUCACUCUGAGUUCAGGUCUCUGCUCAGCAUCCGGCAGCAGCACAACCACCCCGGCGCCUUCGGCAUGUCGGACCUGUACGUCAUCUGCCGACUCGGCCCUCUCAGCUACGACAUCAACUUCUGCACUCAGGAGUGUCUGCGCUGCGAGUGGCUGGAGCUCGCCGAGCUGGCCAAGACCGACCACACGACCCCCAUCACCUCUCGGGUGGCCAGGCUUCUGCUCCACGGCCUGGAGCACGGCUUCGGCCAGAUCGACCUCUCCAUGGAGGAGCUCCCUGCCGUCUACUCUGGGAUGUUCUACCAGCUGUACCACAGGCAGCUUCCUCCAACACCAAAAUGCUAGCAAGCAAU